AUGGCAAUUCCGUGGAGACAGCUGGCCGGGCGAGCGAGCACGGGCAGGAGGAUAUAUGGCCACCAGAGGGGCCUGCACCACACAAGGAGGCUGAGCAGCGGGCCAGCAAGAGGCCUAGGCGGGCUGCUGCGGGUGACGGAGGAGGUGGCAGAUGCGGUGGCGACGAACCGGGCAGUGGUGGCGCUGGAAUCGACCAUCUACACGCAUGGGGCGAUUGGUGAGGACCUGCGGCUAGAGGCGAUCGUGCGAGAGAACGGAGCAGUGCCAGCGGUGAUCGGGGUUCUGGACGGACGGCCGACGGUGGGACUGCAGCCGGACGAGAUUGCGCGAAUGGUGGACGAGGGAGCACAGAAGGCAUCGCGACGGGACCUGGCGCAGCUGGUUGGACGGCCGGGCAGCAAGCACAAGCGGCACGGCGGCACGACGAUCUCAGGCACGAUGAUUCUGGCACGGCUAGCAGGCAUCCGAGUGUUUGGCACCGGUGGUCUCGGCGGAGUGCAUCGCGGGUGGCAGCAGCACAUGGACGUGUCAGCCGAUCUGAGCGAGCUGGGCCGCACGCGCGUCGCCGUCGUCUGCAGCGGCAGCAAGGGCUUCCUCGACACGGCGGCCACGCUGGAAUACCUCGAGACGCAGGGCGUGUAUGUGGCCACGUUUGCCGACGGCCGGCCGACAGGUCCCAAAGCUGUACCGAUCCCGUUCCCGGCCUUUUGGGCCCGCGAGGGCAGCGUGCUGUCGCCGUCGGUCGUGCUCGACGAGGCCGAGGCAGCCUCCAUCAUCCUAGCCCAGGAGCAGCUCGCCAUCGAGACCGGCCUGCUGUUUGCCAAUCCAAUCCCGGCAGCUGCGGCCAUUCCGCGCGCCCAGAUGGACGAGGCUAUCGACAGGGCCGUGACCGAGGCCGCCGCCAAGGGUUUCUCGGGCGCCCGCAACACGCCCUACGUCCUGCAGCGGAUCCGCGAGCUGACCGAUGGCCGCAGCGUCGGCGCCAAUCUGGCUCUCGUGCGCGACAACGUGCGGCGGGCCGCCAAGGUGGCGGUCCAGCUGAGCAAGCUCCUGGCUAACGGCGACGAGAGCAUGCAGCAGCCUGUCCACACCAAAAUCGUGCCAGAGGUCCCCCAGGCCGACAUUCUCGUCGCCGGAUCCGUGGCCAUCGACCUCAGCUGUGAUUACGUCAGCAACAACGACAGCCGGCCGGCCGACCUGCAGCUGCAUGUGUCGAACCCGGCAGCGAUCCGACAGACCGUCGGCGGCGUGGGCCACAACGUGGCACUGGCAGCACAUCGAGUCAGCCCAUCGACCAGGGUGAAGCUGUGCACGUUGGUGGGCGACGACAUAGCCGGCGCAACGAUUCUCUCGGCCAUGCAGACAGCCGGCCUGGACACGACGGGAGUUCAGCAGCUGGGCCACGAGCACAGUGGUGCCCGGACGGCGCAAUACGUGGCCAUCAACGGGGCCGACAAGAGCCUGGUGGUAGCGAUGGCGGACAUGGACAUCUUUGCACGCGACGAUGCGACAAACGGCUGUAGCUCGGCCGUGACAGCCGCUGCGCCACGUUGGGUCGUCGUCGACGGCAACUGGAGACCGGCCGGGCUGCACGGCUGGAUUGCAGCGGCUCGCGAGGCCGGUGCACACGUGGCCUUUGAGCCGGUCUCGGCAGCCAAGUCGUCGAGGCUAUUUAGAGGGGAUAGCCAUCUCGAUGGUCGCCUCCCCCUCGUCGACCUCGCCACGCCCAACGAGCACGAGCUAGCGGCCAUGCACGCAGCUGCCAGUGCCCGUGGCCUCUUAACUGCUGACCCGCGUUGGUUUGCCGUCAUCGGUCGUUUGGGUCUAAUGGCCGGCGCACGUGACCGCUUCGUCCGCCUCACGUCAGCCGCCCUCGUCGAUGCCGGCGUGCCCCAGCAGGCCGUCCAGCUGCUGCCCUAUAUCCCGACAGUCGUCACCAAGCUCGGCUCCCGCGGCGCCCUAUUGACCCGCCUGCUAGCCCCAGACGACCCGCUGCUGCACGACCGCAGCGCCGAGGCCCACAUCCUCGUGAGGGCGCCUCUUGAUGAUGGUGAUGGCGACCUGAACUACCAGCCCGUCGGUGGCGUCUACAUGCGCCUCUUUCCCGCCGCCGCCGUCGACGACGCCCACAUUGUCUCCGUCAAUGGCGUCGGAGACACCUUUCUCGGCGCCCUCGUCGGUGGCCUCGCUCAGGGUGGCCAGACCCAUCGCCUCAUGGAAGUCGCCCAGCAGGCCGCCGCGCUCACGCUGCGCAGCCCCGAAGCCGUCGCUGCUGACCUCGGUGGCCUCGCCGACACCCUGUCGCGAGCAUCGGCCGAGUAG